AUGUUUCGUAACCAGUACGACAGCGAUGUUACGGUUUGGAGUCCUCAGGGUCGACUCCAUCAGGUUGACUAUGCUGUGGAAGCAAUGAAACAAGGUAGUGCUACUGUCGGAGUGAAAAGCAAUACGCAUGCUGUUCUGGUAGCAUUGAAGCGUGCUGCAAAUGAACUAUGUUCGCAUCAGAAGAAAAUUUAUGAACUGGAUACGCAUGCCGGUGUUUCCAUUGCGGGUCUUCUUUCUGAUGGUCGCAUACUUGCGCGUUUUUUGCAAACCGAAUGUUCGUCAUGGAGAUGGGAUUACAAAGAGCCAGUCCCUAUUCAGGUUUUAAACAAUCGCAUUCAACUAAAACUACAGGCAAAUACACAAAUUUAUGGAAGACGUCCAUUCGGUGUUGGACUUGUUAUUGCUGGUUAUGAUGAAAGAGGAACACAUAUCGUAAAGACUGAUCCAUCAGCAGAAGUUGUCGAAACAUUGGCGUGCUCAAUAGGCGCUCGUUCUCAAAGCGCACGUACGUAUCUGGAGCGGAAUUUAGAUCAAUUUCCUACUGCAAAUGUUGAGCAGUUGGUUGAGUAUGCCUUGCUAGCACUGAGAGAUACACUACCCGCUGAAGAUAGUUUAUCAAAAAAGAAUACAACAAUUGCUAUUGUGGGUAAAGGUACACCGUUCAAAGUAAUGGAAGAUGACGAUGUGCAACCAUUUUUAGAUCGCAUUGCAGGUGUUCCGAGAACUGGCCAACAAAUUGGCGGUGAACAGCAAGGAACGGCAGAACCUAUGCAGUUGUGA